AUGCUUUCCGACUUGAUUCAAGAUCUGGAGAGAUUUCUUCCGGCUCCUGACUCCGACCUGAAUGGCACAGUCCUUGUCAACCCAGCGCUAAGAGCUAGUGUCUGGAAACUGAGGUGGUUGAGUCGUCAAUCAGGUUUUGACGUUUUCACCACAUCUCUUGCUGAGCUCAAGGCGACAAGCCUGAGCCAAGUGAAUGAGUUCAAGCUUUCCCCACUCGAGAAAUCAUCCAGACUUACCGGCAGCUUAGAUGAUCCGGGGAUAAUUCGAGCGGGCGCCCCUUACUUAGCAAAGUACAAUGGAGUUACAGUUCUUGUGGGCAGAAAGCAAGUUCCUAUUAUGACUGAUCAUACGGUUCUGCGAGCCCGCAUUGAAAAACUGGUACGAAUGUUGAAUUCUUCACAGAAUAUCAAAGAGCUCAGGACUCCUCCCUGCUUGGGAUACAUUUAUGCAUCACCAGGAGAGGGUACAUUAUCUCAUACUUCCGAGAGUUGCACUUAUGAGGUACUCUACUGUUUCAAUGAGCAAAACUGUUUUUCAUUACGACAUGUUCUGUUUAAAAAAUGGCAAUUCUCGCUCAGCAAGCGAUAUGAUGUUGCUAGAUCGCUCGCUCGAUCAGUUCUCUAUCUGCACGCUGUUGAAUGGCUUCACAAGGGAAUCAGAAGCAGCAACGUGGUUUUUUCUACAAACCAAGUCUUGCCAAAGAACCCCAAGCGCCCCAAGAGCCCCGCAUUUGCGGUGUCUGGCCUCCCUUACCUCGUGGGUUUCGAAUAUAGUCGGAUUAACUCACGUGAUGAAGGCACUGAAAAAACAAUCGACGUCUCGGACCACAAUCUCUAUCGACACCCAGACACCCAAAGCGAACCCACCACCGACCCAAGUUUAUACUUAGGAGAUAAAGGACGUUUCACAAAAAACCACGACAUAUUUAGCCUUGGUGUGAUACUUGUUGAACUCGGUGUCCUCAAGCCAGCUCAAAAAAUUGAACAGGAUCUUGAAGUAUCCGACAAGGAUUAUAGAAACGCAGAACAUGGAGAUCGACCUCAGAGGUUCAGGCUAUACCUCAUCGACCUUGUCUCUGAGGUUGAAAACAACAUGGGUCCUAUAUAUGCAAAUGUGACGUCUCAGUGCCUCGCGGCAAACUUCUACCGUCAAGAUGUGACAAUGGACCAAGACGGUGCUGUGGCAUUUUACAGGGAUGUCAUUGCUCAACUUGGGAAAUGUAAAGUGUGA